AUGGCGAAUCCGACCAGAAGACCCGUACUCCGAGCUCAGUCUCCUUCCGGAAGAUUCUACACCUCGCCGUCGUCAAACUCGUUUGCUUCCUCCACCUCCGCCUUCUCGUCGAGCCCGUCAUCGUUCUUUCAGAACCGAUCUGCGUCACCUACACGUGUCAACGUAUACGGAUCAUCUCCAUCGGCGUCGAAUAUACGAUUUUCUCUCGACAAUCGUCAAAUUUCUCCGAGUCGUUCGAUCUCUGUAAUUCCGAGGAGUAAUAAUAGUAAUCAAGCGUCGAAGAAGCAGUUGGAUAAACCGAGGAGGAUGUGUAUGUGUUCGCCUACUUCGCAUCCAGGUUAUAAUUUCAGAUCAUCACGUUCACUCAUUCAUGAUUUGGAGCUUAUUUUCGUAUACAUCUUGAAGACUAAUCGAUGA